UGGAUGUUAGUGUCGGUGCACGGAAGAAUAGAAGAGAUAAAUUCUCUCUGGGAUACCUGAUAGUAAAUGCUGAUAAAAGAGAAAAAAUGUCAAUAAGGAUGUCAGGGCCAGACCGUUCCAGCAACGCCUAUGGCAUCCUGAAGUUGUCGGAGCUGACAUUCCUGCUAGUUUCGAUGGGCAUCUUUAAGGGAGCAGAUCUCAUCUUCAGUGCAUCCCAUCCCGUAGCCAUCGACACCUUCUUUUCGGGCAUGUUCGUCAUGGGUAUCGUCAUCACGGCCAUCUUAUUCAUCUGCCAUCUCGUCGGGCAGACGACCUACCUCCAGCAAACGUUCUUGGAACCGUUGAUAAACAUAACUAUGUUUAUCGGCCUAGCAGCAGUUGGUGGCAUAAUCAUAGGAUGUCUCAGCAGCGAUGACGGAUAUGUCCUCGAGAACAAGGUAGCAGAGGCCUACGCUAUGACAGCCACGACGUGGAUAUCUUCGGCGAUCUAUCUCGUGGAUUUCAUCUAUUCUGUCAUCGUGUAUAAGAAAUAGUCAUUAGGAAUAAGACUACCUUAAGAUGCAGAAGAAGAACUAGUUAAUCAUUCUUUGAUUACUCUUUUUGCCAUUUCUUCCAAGUCAGAAUUUGCAAGGUGCUUUCGUUAGCUGAGGUAAAGAUUGGUCGUUAAGUAUGUAUCAUCGUAUUCUGUUGUCCUCUUGAUUUACCCAAGAGAUUUAACGAGCUUUCGGCAAAGAAAGAAAUUAGAUAUACUGAAGAACAAGAUAUCGACGUCCUAAUGUAUAGACUUGAUGAAAUGAAACCCUUGAGUUCACUGAUUA